UGCGGCUCCAUCCAGAGCGCGGGGAGCAUCCUCCAACCCACGCCGGGCCGCCAGCAGCGGAGGGGCAGGACGAGGCUUCCCGGCUCGCGGGGAUCCCGAACGCCUCCUCCCCUCCUGGCCGUGCCCUGCCCGCGCCGCCGGAGCCGCAGCAUCGCCCGCAGGCAGCGCUAGCACAGCCCGGCCCCCGUCCCUGGCGCGCAGGCAGGCACGGGCACAGCCCUGGGCUGAAAAGUCAUGACAGCUGAAAAGACUAUUCCUAUAAUUAAUGGCAAGCCAGAAGAUGCUUUGGACCCAGAAGCCUCAAGUACCAACCUCGUCCACAGCAAUGAUAAGAAAGUUCAUGAAAGAGGGCACUGGAACAACAAGGUUGAAUUUGUGCUUUCAGUGGCAGGGGAGAUUAUUGGGCUGGGAAACGUCUGGAGAUUCCCAUACCUUUGCUACAAGAAUGGAGGAGGUGCUUUCCUCAUCCCCUACGUGGUGUUUUUUAUCUGCUGUGGAAUCCCAGUAUUUUUCUUGGAGACGGCCUUGGGACAGUUCACAAGUGAAGGAGGCAUCACAUGCUGGAGGAAAGUUUGCCCUCUCUUUGAAGGCAUUGGCUAUGCUACCCAAGUCAUAGAGGCACACCUAAAUGUAUAUUACAUCAUCAUUUUAGCAUGGGCUAUCUUCUAUUUGUUCAACUGCUUUACUACAGAGCUUCCCUGGGCUUCCUGUGGCCACGAAUGGAAUACAGAAAACUGUGUGGAAUUUCAAAAACUCAACAUGAGCAACUGCAGUCAAGUCUCUUUACAAAAUGCCACUUCUCCAGUGAUGGAAUUCUGGGAACGGAGGGUGCUGGCGAUUUCCGAUGGGAUUGAGCACAUUGGGAAUCUGCGCUGGGAGCUCGCCCUGUGCCUCCUGGCUGCUUGGACUAUUUGCUACUUCUGCAUCUGGAAAGGCACCAAAUCCACUGGAAAGGUUGUGUAUGUGACAGCCACCUUCCCCUACAUCAUGCUGAUGAUCCUCCUGAUCCGGGGGGUGACGCUACCCGGCGCCUCUGAGGGCAUCAAGUUCUACCUUUACCCCGACAUCUCGCGCCUCUCCGACCCACAGGUGUGGGUGGAUGCUGGCACACAGAUCUUCUUCUCCUACGCCAUCUGCUUGGGGUGCCUGACAGCCCUGGGGAGCUACAACAACUACAACAACAACUGCUACAGAGACUGCAUCAUGCUCUGCUGCUUGAACAGUGGCACAAGCUUUGUUGCUGGUUUUGCUAUCUUUUCAGUUCUUGGAUUUAUGGCUUAUGAACAAGGCGUGCCCAUUGCAGAAGUUGCAGAGUCAGGACCAGGGCUUGCAUUCAUUGCUUACCCUAAAGCUGUCACCAUGAUGCCUCUGUCUCCUCUGUGGGCAGCUCUGUUCUUCAUGAUGCUCAUCUUCCUGGGCUUGGACAGUCAGUUUGUGUGUGUGGAAAGCAUUGUGACAGCCGUGGUGGACAUGUACCCCAAGGUGUUCCGCAGGGGCUACAGGAGGGAGCUGCUCAUCCUCGGCCUCUCCGUCGUCUCCUACUUCCUCGGCCUCAUCAUGUUAACUGAGGGUGGGAUGUAUGUGUUCCAGCUCUUUGACUCCUAUGCAGCCAGUGGGAUGUGCCUGCUCUUUGUGGCCAUAUUUGAGUGUGUCUGCAUAGGCUGGGUGUAUGGCAGCAAUCGCUUUUAUGAGAACAUUGAAGACAUGAUUGGGUACAAACCUGUGUCGUUGAUUAAGUGGUGCUGGAUGGUCCUAACUCCAGGUAUUUGUGCAGGAAUCUUCAUCUUUUUCCUGGUGAAGUACAAGCCCCUGAAGUACAACAAUGUGUACAUCUACCCUGACUGGGGCUACGGCAUCGGCUGGAUGAUGGCACUCUCCUCCAUGGUCUGCAUCCCGCUGUGGAUCUGCAUCAAGCUCUGGAAGACAGAGGGCACCUUCAUGGAGAAAUUCAGGAAGCUGAUUACACCUAGCUCAGACCUGAAAAUGCGGGGCAAGCUGGGAGGAGGAGCCUACAUUGCAGCAAUAAAUGACUGCGAUGCCAAACUGAAAGGAGAUGGCACCAUUUCCACCAUCACAGAAAAGGAGACACAUUUCUGAAAGAACUUUUUUUUUUCUUUGUUUUAUUUUUUUUGUAUAAAGAAAUAAAUAAAUUCACUUAAUUAUAGAAGCUGGCUUGUUUUGCACAGAAUUUUAUUAACCAGUUAAUUUUAAAGUGAAAAUUGUAUACUUGUUUAAAAAGUGAUUUUUUUAAAUUACUCUAUCCAUAAUGAUUCUGUAAAAGAAAAAGAAAUAGUAUUAUAUGGUCUGUUAGUGAUGACUUCUUGUAAUAUGGUGAUUCCAGUCAAUGUUUUUUGGUUUUUUUUUAGACUUUUAGAGGGACCUGUAUAAUGUGCUGUAAAACUUUUCUACUUUGAUUUGUGGCAGGUGUAAUGUUGUAUAGACCUUCUAACCUGUAAGCAUUUCAGCCCAUUUCAGCUGUCCAUGUGUGUAUAUAAAGGGGACCAGCCUGUCCUGUGGUUUGCUUGGGAAGAAAUCUCCUUUCAGGGCAAGUUUGGUGAUGCUGACAGCGCCUCAGCUGCUCCCAUCUCCUUCCCUCCACCCUCCACUGGCUUCAGCAGGGCUGGAAAUGUGGAAUGGGCCCAUCCUGAGCCACUGUUUUCCUGAAGAUUGGAUAGAGGCUGGUUCUGAAGGGCUCUGAAUUUUGCUGCUGUAAGUUCCUGGUCUCUGUCAGGAUGUGCUCCCAAACAUUUUCCAUUUUCCCAUGUGAGUGGCUGCUCCUGAAUUUUGGCCAGCACUUCCCACUCCCUGGAGUGACCUGUGUUUGUGUGUGCUCCUCCAACAGAUCAAUUUAUUUCACAGAGCUGGAGGUGUCCUGAGGGGAAAAGAACAGGUUUAAGGCCAGCUUUAGGGCUGUCUCUGUCUGUACAACUAAUUCCCCUCCACAGGAAUCCAGGAUCCUACAGUGCAGCCCUACCCAGCUCCUCUGCUGGCACAGGGUGGGCUUUGGGGUGUCCUGUGCAGGGCCAGCAGCUGGGCUGGAUGAUCCUUGCAAUUCUGAUUCCUCUUCAAGGUCCUUCCCAGGUCCCCUCAGAUCAAGUACUGCUUCCUCUGCCCUGCUGGGCUGGAGUUUGAGGUCAGAGCAGGGAUUUCUUUAGCAGGAGGUUGGGGUGAUGUCCUUUAUGCAUGGAGGAGCCCCAGGAGGUCACUUCUGUGUGGUGCAGGAGGGGACUCACACAGGGCUCCUGUGACCCCUCAGACACAGUGUGUCAGUCAGGCCUUGCUCUGGACUGACUCCUGGCUUUAAAUAAUGUGGUUUUGUACGUGGAUCCAGCUGCUGGAUGGUUGUUCCAGGAGGUGUGCAGAUGCCCCAGUAUGAAAACUCCUAAACUUUGUCUAAGAGUGUGGUUUUUUUACCUGAUAAUACUCCAAACAUGGUUAUUUGUUCUGGACAUUUUUUUCUUGGCUUGUUUUUGUUAUUUGAUGGUUGUGUGAGAAACCUGGGGAGGAACAGCAUCCUGCACUGCACAGGAUCUGGGGACAAAGACAAGAGACAGCCCAGAAGAAACAUCAUAAAACCUGCUGCCUUCUCUUCAACUCCAACCCACCGGAGCUCAGACACCUGGAAGUUGUAAGCAACAGAAAUGGCUCCUGACCUUCUCCCAAGGAAAUAUUUCCCUAGAAAUCACUAAAUAUAUCUUAAUAUUGGCUAGAACUGUACCUGCAGUCAGCACUUCUCUGAGCUCUUGCUGUUACUUCUUAAAAAAAAAAAGCAUUUUUAUGGAACUGCUUUGUCUCGAGUCACUUCAUUAAAUCUAAUAGAGCCAUUUCAUUUUUACUUUAUCUUAUUUUUGUAGGAGUUUAUUUUGUGUGUGGCAAAGUGGAAACCUAGCAGAGGACUUCAAAUCCUCCAAGUCUUGUUUGCAUGUCUCCAUUGUGAGGUGCUUGGGGCAGGACAUUUGGAAGAAACCUGGAUUUAGGAAGGCAUAGAACCAUGGUUUUGUGCCUCCCUCAGAGAGAGACAAAACUCAAUCGCAUGGGAAAACUGGGAGAGAAAUGUUCCAGAAUUGAAACCACAGAUUGAUUUAUAUAAAAUGAAAAGUCUGAACUGACAUUGACACUCCAAAAUCUAGGAAUUCACAUUUUUGGAAGUCCCAACAAGUCAGGACUAUUUCUAACAAUAUUUGUGAUUUGGGCUUUCUCUCCACCAACCCAGGCUGCAGAACCAAGGCCCCAAAGCCACACGUGGGUCCUGGGGUGGGUUAUGGUAACUCCCAAGGAGAAUGUGAAGAUAUUUUCUGAUCAGUGAAGGGAGAUAAACCUUUGGUUGUGUUUGACCUGGAUUUCAGCACUCCUGAGAACAUUUAUGUUGUGUUUGGCCUGGAUUUAUGGCUCCUGAGCACCUUUAGGUUGUGCUGGGCCAAGAAAUUUCAGGCCAAGAAAUGAGAACCUGAGAGAACCUGAGAACCUUUAGGUUGUGUUUGGCCUGAAUUUCAGGACUCCUGAGAAUCUUCAGGUUGUUCUGGGCCUGAAUUUCAGGACUCCUGAAAACCUUUAGGUUGUUCUCAGCCUGGAUUUCAGACUCCUGAACAUCAUUAGGUUGUUCUUAGCCUGGAUUUCAGAUUCCUGAACACCUUUAGUUUGUGUUUGGCCUGGAUUUCAGGCCAAGAAAUGAGAACAUGAGAGAACUUGAGAACCUUUAGGUUGUGUUUGGCCUUGAUUUUGGAAUUCCUGAGAACCUUUAGGUUGUGUUUGGCCUGGAUUUCAGGACUCUUGAGAACCUUUAAGUUGUCUUUGGCCUGGAUUUGGGACUCCUGAGAACCUUUAGGUUGUGCUCAGCCUGGAUUUCAGACUCCUGAGAACCUUUAGGUUGUGCUGGGCCUUGAUUUUGGGACUCCUGAGAACCUUUAGGUUGUGUUGGGCAUGGAUUUGGGACUCCUGAGAACCUUUAGGUUGUGCUCAGCCUGGAUUUCAGACUCCUGAAAACCUUUAGGUUUUGUUUGACCUGGAUUUCAGACUCCUGAGAACCUUUAGGUUGUGGUCAGCCUGGAUUUCAGUGUCAUUCCCUUGGCAAUCAGGAUUCUGAGGAAGUGCCAAGAGGUUCAGCCCCUGCUCCUGGGGCCAUCCAUGGGCAGAAAGUGAUGCCACACAGGCUGAGAGGAUGCCUUGGUGUUUUUGGAACCCCAAAUAGGACAGGAAAUGAUGCCUUGGAGGGGCCCCCAGAGCAGAGGCCAGGCAGGGUUAAGAGAAUAAAGUGGGCAUUGAUGAAAGCCUUCAGUGGGCACAGCUUGGGCAGCCACAGCCUCCAGAGGCUGCACCCAAGGUGGGCCAUGGGCACGAGUUUGUCACACAAUUAUCAGUUUGGGCAUUCACAGAUCAGGGGUUAAUGCUCCAAUUCCAGCUGCAGAUAAUGAAGUCAUUUAUCCUCAGUUUGCUCCCCCCAGCUCAUUUUUAUUUACACUUUUGGGGCCUGAGGCCAUGAGGUGUCCUUGAGUUCUAGGCCCAGAGAGGAAUUGUGUCUGACCAAAAUGUGAAGGCAGUAAAUAACACUCUGUCUGGAGUUGAGAUUAUGCACUAAUGCAGCACAGGAAUUGAAAAAUACAAAAGCUAAAGGCCUAAAGCAUGACAGGGAUCAGGAUAAACGCUGCUGUAGGACAAAAAGUGUUCCCUGUGCUUUGUGUGAGUGCAGGAAGGCUGUGCUGUGCCCAGGAGCUGCUGUGAACAUUUCACCUGUGCUCUAAAGCAUCCCUGCUCUUACUGCUGUGCUCUGUGUGCUCCUAAUUGCUGAUUUGUUUAACACUUUACUGAUUUAAAGAAAAAAAAAAAAUUUUUUUUUCUUUUUGUGGGGAGGGAAGUGGGAUGGUGAAUUUCCUAAUUGUGGUUGGGGGAUUUUUGAAAUUAUAUGAGGGGAAAAUGUAAAAAACCCAGCUCUGUGUUUACCCAGCUCUUUUUUAUCCGCCCUUUUCUGAAAUAUCUGCAGAGUUAUUAAAAAUAAUACAAUAAAAAUGAAAAACCACUAAGGUUUAUGUAACAUUUUACACAAAGAAAUUUGUGUUUCUGUUUGGUUUUGAAGGGCACAAGAUUUCAUCUACUGACUUUGUUCUCAAAAAUUAAAGGAAAUGGGCAAACUCCA